AAUGCAUCAUUAACCUACUGCAAUCUGUGCCAUAAAAAGGUAAUUCAGUACUUGCAGCUGCUUUGCCUCCUGCGUGAAUACACAGAGAGGUGUAGCAGCACUCACGGUGUCAUUGUAUGCAACCUGCUGCUUGUGUUGGAGAGCUCUUUACGAAGCAUGAGAAAUGGGCAGGGAGCAGUUACGGGGCUUUAAUGCACUUGAUGCACACGGCAUUUCUCAGAUAACUGUGAUAAUAAACCUGCUUUGUCCCAGUCCUCAGCUGACACUUAUUCCCCUCGUGCUAAUAAUUCACCCCAUUCACAAAGUGGGCGGGAGUUUCCAUAUUUGCUAGUUUGAGGCAAAGCAAAUCCAUCUUUGGGCAGUAAAUACGAAACAGAUCCGCAGCCAACCCCGAGCCCUUUAUUGUAUAAUGUCAAAGAUGUAUUUUGCAUUAAAGAUAAAGUAUUUAUAACACGAUGCAAGCAGAGGAGCGGGUCAUGAUUCGGACCCAUCUGAAGUACUCCUUGGACAUGGCUGACAGGUGUGCGUAACGACGCGUGCCUCUAGUGGCACCGCGGAAGGAGGGUCCUCAGACGCACGCGGACGCGGCGGCUUUCUGCUGUGCGUUUCCAGCUCCGAACUGGGAUUCUUUUCUCUCUACAAUGAACACCGUGUAACGCAGAGCUCUUUUGCACUGACUUGGACGUCCCUCGACAGGCGGCCCCGUGCCAUCGCGGUUGUGCACGACCGGAGCGGAGCACCGCGCAGCGGCUUUCCCACCUCCCCGAGGUGCGUGUCCGCGCGGACGGUUCACGCGCCCGCAGCGGGAGACUGGAGUGAUUCGAGAACUUGUCGCGAGACGCUUUCCCUUUUCCUCGGUUUGUUGCUUUCGGACGACAGAAUCGUUCGAGGCGACCCAAAGUUCCGCAGGCGCAGUCCUCCUCCUCCUCCUCCUCCUCCUCUUCCUCCUCCUCCUCCUCCUCCACGGCGCGUCGCAGGAGUCCGGCUCGGCUGUUGCCGUGGUACUCGCCAGCAGACGGACGGCAUCCGGCGGUAGGAGGGGAGACAGAGACUCGUACCGGGUGACUGUAGCCGACCCGCCUGUGAGGGGCUCCGGGCUUCAUCCGAAUCCACCCGCUGUCAGAAAAACAAAAAAAACAACAACAACAAAACCGGAAGAAUGUUGCACCAAGUACAAUGAGCGCGACUUCAUCUCAGACACCACGACGCGACGCAUCCAGCUUUGAGGAGCCGCUCUGAGGCGUCUUUGGAAUUAAAAAAGUGGAUCUCACGACUUUACAACCAUGCGAAAUACUUGUCCGUCUCCGCGGAGCGCGGUUUGGGAAUACUGGACACUGCUGAUCGCGUGUCCCUUUUGGAUUCACUACUCUAACGGGAUGCCUCACGUUAUUCGCAUCGGUGGGAUUUUCGAACAAACCGACGGACCUGUUUCGCUCGUUAGCGCCGAAGAGCUCGCCUUCAAAUUCGCCGUCAACAACAUCAACAGAAACAGGACCCUGUUGCCGAACACGACGCUGACGUACGACAUACAGAGGAUCAACAUCUACGACAGCUUCGAGGCAUCGAGGAAAGCGUGUGACCAGCUGUCCUUGGGGGUGGUCGCAAUAUUCGGGCCCUCGCACAGUUCCUCCUCCAACGCCGUGCAGUCCAUCUGCAACGCGCUGGAAGUGCCGCACGUGCAAGUACGGUGGAAACACCACCCCAUGGACAACAGGGACAGCUUUUAUGCCAAUUUGUACCCGGAUUACUCUUCACUGAGCUACGCCAUCCUGGACCUGGUGCAGUUCCUCAAGUGGAAAACCGCCACGGUGGUCUACGACGACAGCACAGGUCUGAUAAGACUGCAGGAGCUGAUCAUGGCCCCGUCCAGGUACAACAUACGGCUCAAGAUCCGCCAGCUGCCCCUCGACACGCAGGACACCCGACCGCUUCUCAAGGAGAUGAAGAGGAGCCGCGAGUUCCGCAUCAUCUUCGACUGCAGUCACCAAAUGGCGGCGCAGAUCCUCAAACAGGCCCAGACGAUGGGGAUGAUGACAGAGUAUUACCACUAUAUCUUCACCACUCUGGACCUGAUGGCCAUCGACCUGGAGCCGUACCGCUUCUGUGGCGUCAACAUGACCGGCUUCCGCAUCCUCAAUGUGGACAACCCCCAGGUGGCGUCCAUCGUGGAGAAAUGGUCCAUGGAGAGGCAGAUUCCGCCCAAACCCGACUCGGGCCUGCUGGAGGGUGUCAUGACGACAGAUGCGGCUCUGACCUACGACGCGGUCCACAUCGUGUCCGUGUCUUACCAGCACGCCCCGCAGAUGACGGUGAACUCGCUGCAGUGCCACCGCCACAAACCCUGGCGGUUCGGAGGGCGCUUCAUGAGCUUCAUCAAAGAGUCCCACUGGGAUGGUUUGACGGGCAGGCUGUCGUUCAACAAGACCAGUGGCCUGCGUACAGACUUCGACCUGGACAUCAUCAGUUUGAAGGAGGAGGGACUUGAAAAGGUGGGGAAGUGGAGUGUGUCCGGAGGUCUUAACAUCACGGAUGUGCCGAAGCGAAAAGGGAUGAACAUCACCGAUUCCCUGGCUAACCGCUCCCUCGUCAUCACCACCAUCCUGGAGGAGCCAUACGUCAUGCUUAAGAAGUCUGACAAGGCGUUGGUGGGGAACGACCGCUUCGAAGGGUUCUGCAUCGACCUGCUCAAAGAGCUGGCCAACGUCCUGGGCUUCACCUACGAGAUCCGCCUGGUGCCCGACGGGCGAUACGGCUCCCAGGACGAGAAGGGCCAGUGGAACGGCAUGAUCAGGGAACUUAUAGAGCACAGAGCGGACCUGGCGGUGGCCCCUCUCACCAUCACCUACAUGCGUGAAAAGGUUAUUGACUUCUCCAAGCCCUUCAUGAACAUGGGCAUCAGCAUCCUGUACCGCAAACCCAACACCACCAACAACGGAUUCUUCUCCUUCCUGAACCCCAUGACGCCUGACAUCUGGGUCUACAUCCUCCUGGCCUACCUGGGCGUUAGCUGCGUCCUCUUUGUCAUUGCCAGGUUCAGCCCGUACGAGUGGUACGACGCCCAUCCCUGUAACCCCGGGUCCGACGUGGUGGAGAACAACUUCACCCUCCUGAACAGCUUCUGGUUCGGAGUCGGCUCCUUGAUGCAACAAGGCUCGGAGCUGAUGCCCAAAGCGCUGUCGACCCGAAUCAUCGGCGGGAUCUGGUGGUUCUUCACACUCAUCAUCAUAUCGUCCUACACGGCCAACCUCGCCGCCUUCCUCACCGUGGAGAGGAUGGACUCGCCCGUGGACUCGGCCGACGACAUUGCCAAACAGACCAAGAUCGAUUAUGGUCUGGUCAAAGAUGGCGCCACCAUGACUUUCUUCAAGAAAUCUAAGGUGUCUACUUUUGAAAAGAUGUGGGCCUUCAUGAGCAGCAAGCCAAGCACCUCGCUGGUUAAGUCUAUCGAGGACGGCAUUCAGCGGGUGCUGAAGUCAGACUACGCCCUCAUUAUGGAGUCCACGACCAUCGACUACAUCACCAAGAGGAACUGCAACCUCACACAGCUGGGGGGGCUCAUCGACAGCAAGGGCUACGGUAUCGGCACCCCCAUCGGCUCCCCAUACAGGGACAAGAUCACCAUAGCAAUCCUGAGCGUCUUGGAGGACGGGCGCCUGCACAUGCUGAAGGAGAAGUGGUGGAGUGGGAGCAGCUGCUUGGACGAAGAGCGCCACGAGACGGGCCCCAUGGGGAUCCACAACCUGGGGGGCAUAUUCAUCGUGCUGGCAUCUGGUCUGGUGCUGUCGGUUUUUGUGGCGAUCGCGGAGUUCGUCUACAAGCUGAGGAAGACCGCAGAACGCGAGCAGGUCUUUGUGCAGCGCCAUGGUGGACGAGAUCAGACUGUCGUUCACCUGCGAGAGGCGGGUGAGGCUCAGGCCGCAGCCGGCGGUCGUCGUGAAGACGGAUGCGGUGAUCAACAUGCACGCGUACAACCACCGGCGGCUCCCGGGAAAGGACCACAUGAGCUGCAGCACUGGGAUGACCCCCGUGUUCCCGUGACAAUGUGCGCCCCCCAGAGCAAGAGCCUGCUGUGCAACUUGUCGGGGGCCAUGCCAGAGACCAGGGACAAUGGCGUCGACGGCGCCACCAGAUUCGCCAUCAACCACAGCGACGUGGGGACACUGACCAAACAUGGACCACUCAAAAUGGCGGCGUCAGCCACACAGGUAUGACGGCGCUCACUGAGGGGGAGGGAGGGGGGGGGGGGGGUGUGGGGAAAAAACAGUGCACCCCAAAAAAUCUGUUUUCAAGUCUGAUGUUUACGUACGCGACCCCCAAAACACGACAAAACACACAUUGAAAAGACUGCAAAUUCUUUUGGAAAAUACCGACGGAAGCUGGCAAUAAAGCGACGGAUUCACGGAGGACGAUAAGGCCGUACUCUAAAAAUGAUGAUUUCAAAUUCUCACCCUCAUGUUGUUCAUUCAAACGAGCUUGUGAAAAGGCCUCCGGUGACGGUACCGCGACUCCUGAGCUGUGGACUUUCUGAAAGCAAAAGGUCGACAGCCACAGAGAAGAAAUGUUCAAUAUUAAGUAAAUCUUUGUUGGAUCUUUAAAAUUAACUUUAUUGUUACACGCAGGCAAAAUAAUCGUCAAUGGCCAGAACAAUUUAUGAAGAAGAAAAUAUUUGUGUCAGUUAAGUUAUUGAAUUCGAUGUCAAAGAUCUGGCCUUUUCAACAUAUUUAAAGUAAAGUACAAUUUGGUCAAAUUCUUGCUCACUCUGCUUUUUAGAAAACCCCCAAUCGUUCGAUGCAAAUGAAGUUCGAGUUGUUUAAAAAGGGACGAAUGAGAGAUUGCUCUUGGUUUGACCAAUGCAGCGUAAUAUGUAUUCUAAGCUAAUUGUACAUUGUAUGAGCUGGUUUUGCAAACCAUGUCACCUUAAAGCAUUGUUAUCUAUCAUUUGGAGAAAAAAAUCAUGAGAAGCAUAUGAAAACAUAACCGUGGACCAAAUUCUAAAAGGAAAAUGACAGAAAUCUUGACUAUUUGGACAAAUUUCAAAAUGUCGUGCUCAACUCUGCUCUUAUGUGUUCAUAUAUGUUUUUGUACACGUAUAUGUACAGGUUGGGUUGGAAGGCAUUGCAUCAGGUAUUUCUGUUUAUGGUUAAUGAAGAAUUGUAGGUCACACAUAACGGGUAAGAGACUGUGACCUUCAAACUAAAAAGGCAUUUAACUGUGACAUCAAACUCUGAGCUGGACCUGUGUUGGCUACGGGAUCUUUGAAUGUCCAAAGCACUUCUGCACACAUAAUCCCACAGUGAAUUCAUUUAUUUUCAGGUGUGAUCUAGUGACUUUUCGGCAGGAAACUGGUGUUUUGUAUCGUGUGCGUUCGUGAAAACUCAGCAACGGUUUUGGUUUGAAGGUCAUCUCUUCAAAGUCAGGCGCUUUUCCUGUUUUAAUUACCCGGUGGACUCGAUGCGUGUGAACACGCUGAGAGAUAAUAUGCUGAAUAGAUAAAAGAAAGGUGAUGAUUUUGUGUGGUCAUGUUGACUUUAAUACCUAUGGAACGAGUGUUUAUCUUCAGCUUCAGAAGAUCCCAGAGUCCAGGAGCUGCUUUCAGCUGGGAGCCCAACGAACAGAGAACCUCUGUGAGGUUUUUGAAGUCAAUAAGUCAAGGCAAAUAAAAAAGAAAAAAAAGAAAAAGGAUGGACGCACGAUUUAAGAAGAAGAAUCCAAUCUGUAGAACUUAGCAUUGGUUUAGUAGAGAUUCACUGUAGAACUGUUGAUGGAUUCUCUCCUACAAAGUAUAGUAUGUAGAUAAGAUCAGCAGGAGAAGAUGUAUUUUGCUAAAUUUAUACUAUUAUAAAUUCAUUCUGUUCACAGUCAAAUAUGUUAUAGAUGCUAUUUAUUUCAUUACGGUCUCCUUAACCCAUUUCCUCACAGUCCCAGACCCUGUUUAUUUAUUUAAUAGAAAUGGAUUAUAAUAUGGUAUAAGGGAUUACUAUCAUCCAGAGGGGAAACCGUAUGUAAAUCUUCGUUUAUGAUGGCUGGUAUAUUUAAUUGAAGUGAAUAUGAAAUGGAAAUAGAGCUUACCCAAUCCUUUCGGGGGCUCUCUUGGAAUCGGGAAAUUAGGGUUUAUCUUGUGUAACUGGACCUUUAACAGAAUGGGAUCUAAAGUACAGCCACAGGUGAUGUGUGGUUCUACAACAAUACUGUUACUCUCUAUGUGUACUGUAGCUUCCCAUCCAGGUGAUUGACAGCCUCUUGUGUUUCACCUUUGUAAAAUGUGGAAUAAACUGGAAUCAUCAUCAUCCAAUGCAUUGGAAUUGGGACAGGGUUUUCUGCUUUGGCUGAUCAGUCAGUUUGGUUGCUAAAUAUAUACAUCUUUUUUAAAAGUUAAUGUGAAUAAUAAUGUUAUUUUACACAGAAUUGUAUGAAACUUGGGAGAAAAGUAAUGCAUAAUGUAAGCUGCAUAACGUGUGUUCCAUUAGUGUGUGAUAUGAGUUUUCUAUUUUCCACCAGUCACAACAGUUUGCCUUUUUAUGUAUUUCUUUAUUUUGAGUUGCACAGCUUCCAUCAUUCGGCGGAAAACCUCACAAACAAUACAAUAAAUAAGUUGGUGCCAACCAGGGUUUUCUUUGUGGACAUGCAGAAUUUCUAUGAAUAUAGUUUUUGUAAGGUUUUGUAAAAAAGAAAAGGGAAAAAAUAAGAUUUUGUUUUCCUAGUAACUGUCUGUGUUAAAAGUACAUUAGAAUAACUGACAUCUCAUUGGGAAAUUCAACAAGAUAUCAAACAAAAGCUAAUGAAAUAUUUUCUUUUUAACGCAUUGUGAAUAAUUCAAUUGUACAGUUUGCUGUAUGAGUUAUAUGAAGUUUUAAAUAAAAAUAUAUAAACUAUA